UUCUUUCUUUUCUUCAUUUUUUUCUUUUUAGCACCUUGUGCUGUUAGGAAUCUACAGGACUUGGCUCGGAUCUACAUUAGGCGCACUCUUAGAAACUAUAUAAAUGAAGAUAUGAAAGCCAAAGGUAUUACUCAGAAACUCCCACCAAAACGUAAACGCAGAAGGUGUCGUAGGCGCAGGAUUAAUACUUAUGUGUUUGUAGGCAAUCAGCUCAUUCCUCAGCCUCUAGAUAGUGAAGAAGAUGAAAAGAUGGAAGAAGACAACAGAGAAGAAGAUGAUAAAGAUCACAGUGAAGCCUUGAAACCAGAAGAACCCCCACCAAAUCUAUUGCGGGAAAAAGUUAUGAGUCUACCACUCCCUGAAUCUCUAAAAGCCUACUUGACAUACUACAGAGAAAAAUAACUUUUUAAACAGAAAUGUAGCAUUUACUAAGAAAUACAUGGAAUAAAUACCAGUAGGCUUUCAGCAAGAAUCAAGCGCAGUGAGGAAAUGAAACAUAACUUGUCUUAACUUUGCUACAAGGACUUGCACUCAGCAGUAGACACCUAUUUUAAAUCCAUUUUUGUUAUCUUUGGGAGAAUGCUCUUUUAACUCUGAUAGAAAUAUAUUCCAAAGCAGUAUAAGCACUGAUUUGCAGGAUAAAAUCUUUUUGGUCCCUGAGAAAUUUAUAUUGGUGAGGGUUAGUAGAAUUUUCUAUGUGUGAAUUAUUGAACCUUUUUCAGAUAUCAAUGGGGACUUCCUGCAUUGAAGGUAUUUUUGAACAUGCAGGUAUUUCUCAUCUCAUCUUGAAUUUGAACCUUUUAUUUUACCAUUGCUAUGUUUCAAUCAUUGUUACCGUGUUGCUAUGAUGUAUUCCAAGGAAUGCAAGAGUGCAAUAACUUUACAUAGACACUGAAUUAGCUGACUUUAAUGAAAUAUAAACAUCCCUGUUCAUAAAUCUCAUGUGGCCCUGAUACAAAUUCUUCUCUUUUGCCAAAAGAAGUUGAGAAAAGUGACUGCUUUCUCUCAGAGCCUUAUGAAAACAUUUUGUUAACCGUAACAUUUUUCUUAAACAUAUGCUACAACCCUAUUUUCUGUAAUACCAGUUUAUGAACAUCAAUUUUUCUCAGUUUUUCAGCAAUUAUUUAAAAACAGCUUCCAUUUUAGUUCAUGGUACAGAACACAUAUGUCAUUCACAGACAGACAGAUAGAUAGAUUGUAUUUUAGGUUUCAAGUACUAUAUUUACUAUUUUAUAGAGUAGAACAUGUAAAAAUAGCUUGUGUGGCUUAUUUGCAUAGCUAUAACAGUAGAAUUUUAAAGGAUUUGUCCAGCAGAUGCACUUUAAGUGGAUUCUGUACCUUACUUAGAUAAGGUAAGUUGUAUGGUUCCUAUAUUUGCUAUGGAUACUCUUACUUUAGAAAUUAAUAGUAAAUUUACAAGCUUCAUGGUCUAACAUUGCUUGACUCUAUUGUUUCAUCUGCCAAUUUUCUUUGAUUAUUUAAUUACUUUUUUUGAAUUGGUGACUUUUCUUUUUGCAUGAUGAAAUAUCUUAAUUUCUGCUAGCUUUAUAAUUUUAAUACUCAACAAAACUACCAAUGCAAUAAAAUAGAGUUUAAGAUAUGCUGUAAAAACUGCUGUUUUUAAGGAUACCUGAUCAGUAAGGGCCCAAUCAAAAGCAUUCCUUAGGGAGAAAAUUCCUGCACAAUUUACUACUGUGGUUAUAUCAUUACACAAUGACAAUUCCUAAUGCAAAAUACAAUAAGGUUUCAUUUAUAUGUUCUCACAACCUGUUAUUCAUAGAUGAAAACUGUUAAAUUGCUCCUGAUUGAACUGUCAUGUUCUGUGAUAUCCACAGUACAAUAUUAUAAGUAUCUUAUUGGAUGCAAUCUAUAGAAUACAUGGUUUUGCUGGUAAGUUGGAUUUGUGCAUUGCUUAUUUGUGAAUUAAAACUUUUUGACUUGAUUAUUAUAAAAAGUUAAUAGUCAUAAAAACAUUUAUUCUACUUUAUUAACUAGUAUGUUGAGUUGAUUUCUGCAAAUUUAAGCUGAUAAACAAAUGUACUUGUUGCUGUAAACAAGUGUUCCAGCGUUGUUGCACAGGAACCAAAACUGACAGAUAAUAUUAUAUACAGUAAAACUACUGCAGUAAUUCUGAAGGUUCAUCUCUGUGAAGUAUUGACUACAGCACAACUGUUGGUUGUAUUAAAUGUUAAGCAUUCUGAAAUUCAGGUUCUACCCUUUCAUCUUGGAACGUCACCUUUUGACCAUGCAUUUUCUCACAAUCUUGCUCAAAAAGAAAAUAGAUGAGUUAUGAAUAUUAUUAUGUUUGAGUCACAAGCAAUGUUUCUUUUGUGUUUGUGAAUUUAUUUCAUAUUGUUUGGAUUAUAUUUACUUUUAAAAUAAAUGCAUAAAACAUUAAAUGAAUUAA